AUGCUGCGCGUAGAGGGGCUCAAACGAGCUUAUACCCGCAAGUCUGAAGAGGUAAGGAGAAGCAAACGGGCUGUUGAUGACGCCCAUAAUGUUGCUGACUACUCUUUGUACAUGCAUGGCUUAGAAUCUAAAUCUAUACGCAUGGAACAGGCGGGGAAGACCAAGGCCCUCCAACAGCAGAUUGAUCAGCUGAAAAACCAAGUUGACCAACUGCACGCGUCCCUGGAUGAUGCCAAUAAAAAGUUGGAGGAACAGAAAGAGCCCCUCCAACGGCUGAGCAAGGCGGAGACUGAAAAUGGCCGCCUUGCCAAAGAGAAUGAGCGCCUGCGCAAAGAGGCGGCUGCUGCCAAUGAGAACUUCAAGGCCACCUUGGAGUCGGAGCAGGAGAGGCUCAUUGAAGAGAAUGAGCAUGACUGUGCAAACCGGAUGCAACGGGCGUUUUCCCUCAUUCACCCGGAGGCGGACUUCACCGUCUGGGAACUCGCCUUCAAAUAUUCUGAUCUUGCCAUUCUGGCCGAGGAGGCGAAUGAGCCGGGGCCCGGACCCUAUGACGCUUGGGUUAGGGAGGAGAUUGUGCGACGGCAGGCGGAGGCUGCUGAAGAGGAAGAAGUUGUUCCUGAAGCCGACGCAGCCGCUCACCCUGAUCCAACCCAGAACCAACCGGAAGAGGACCGGUUCACUGUUCGCCUGGAGUAG